GCCAAUCAGAGGCUGUUGUCAUUCUUACGUCAGAGCUGAAUAGGCACGUGAUUGGCUGAGACGGAGCUGAGGUGAGUAUAUAAACAGCGCCGAGAGCCUGAGACAUCCACAGACACCUUCAGGACACGGCAAGAACUGGACUGCUGAAAACGACGAGGAAGAGAUAGACGAGAGAGAAGGCGAUAACGAGAGAGGGAGAAGAGGAACAGAGAGGAAGGAACAACAACAAGAGAGACAAAAAAGGACAAGAAGGCGAGCAAGAGAGGAAUUGAGGCAGAGAAGAAGAGAGAGAGAGUCAGAGGAGGGAUAUGGUUGUGCUCCUGGUUCCUGUGACGCUCAUUCUGGUGCAGCUCAGCGCCGAGACUGUCCUCGGCCUGCCCGUACUGACAGACGGCGGCGCCUCGCGGGGCCAUGGGUGGGGGAGCGCCACGCUGUUGCUGCCGCGUCGGAGUCCCCAGCAGAGCGCGUGGCUGGAGGACCUGCUAGGGGGAGGGGAGCUGCGCCCCCGCCAGCAACGACCCAGCGCCUCGCAGCCCCAGGACAGCGAGGGGACGCCCUGGGCUGCCCUGGGGAUAAAGAGGGGGGCGCGGCGCCAGGCCGAGGUGGUGGGCGGCGCCGCCCCUCCCCCCCGCCGCCCCGCGCCGGCCAAGAGGACGGAGGUGACAAAGAUCCCUGUGGGCCUCGGUAAGGGGGCGCGCUACUUCCCAAAUGUGGGAUUAGGUGUUCUCUCGGACCUACGCAACUUCUUCACGGAGCUACGCACGAACUUGGACAGCGUGGAGGCGUUGGCGCAGGAGCAGGGCGCGGGCAGACUCCAACCCGAGCAGCUGUUGGCACUGCUGGCGAAGGAGGAGGCACGCAGCCAGGCUCUAGCGGGUCUCCCCAGUGAUAUCUCUUCCCUGGGCCUGCCGAUGAGGAGUCUCAUGUUCACUUCAUCCCCGAACGACCAGCGCUACGCCAACUCGGGCCUCGGGAAGUAGCAGGCGGGGCGGGUUUCGAGAUGAGGACACAGCUGAAGGGACACGGCUUGGGGGGCGGCUGACGGGGGACGGCGGAGGCGGCGACGGCAACAUCAACUCAUCUAUCUAUCUGCUCAUCGUGGCCAAGACUCGCCUUCACGGACAAGCACCAAAGAACAAAAGGGAGAAGACAAUACCAGCGUAGCGAUGGAGGGAGGGAACACUGUCCUCAUCACACCAAAACGUGGAAAUAAAGACCUUGAAUGAGU